AUGGCAGCCAUACACCUUGAUGGUAAGGCAGGUAAAUGGUUUGAGAAUUUCAGAUUGAAUAAAUAUCACAUCUCCUGGCCAGAGUUAUCUGAAAAUAUUUGCUCUCGUUUUGAAAACCCUGCUCAUGAUAAUAUAGUUGGUAUCUUUAAUAAAUUAUCUCAACUGACCACUGUUGAAGCCUAUUUUGAAGAAUUUGAGUAUUACAAGGCCUUACUGCUAAGUGUUCAUAAGGAUUUUCCUGAAUCUUAUUUCAUUGCUAGUUUUAUUGGUGGUUUGAAAGAGGAACUCAGAAAUUCCAUUUUAAUGUUUGAGUCUAAAACACUAAUGAAUGCAUUUUCUCUUGCAAGAAUGCAAGAGCAGACAUUACUCCUCCAACAUAAAACUCAUAAACCCACUACAAGAAAUUUUUCUCCAUCUUUCAGUACUUCAAGACCCUUCCCACCAACCACCCUUCCUCCUAAACCUACUUAUAUACCUCCCACUUCAUCUACUACACAACCCAUACCUAAACCCUCUCCACCAUUACCUUUCAAAAAACUCACUCCUGAGCAGGUGCAAGCAAUAAAGGCACAGGGCCUAUGUUUCAAUUGUGAUGAGACAUACAGAAGGGGUCAUGUGUGUAAAAAACAGUACUUAUGUGUGUUAAUUGGAGAGGAAACUGAGGAAAUAUUUGAUUCUGGACUAGACACAGAGCGUGAGACUGAUGAGGAGCCCUUAGUGGAGAGUAACAUGGGGAUCUCACUAAAUGCAUUUACAGACACCACCUCAGCUGAUACUAUCAGGAUUCCUGGUUUUGUCAAGAAGAAAAUCAUCUCUGUUUUGAUUGAUACAGGCAGCACUCAUAGAUUCAUUGACUCUAACUUAGCCAAAAGCUUACAAUGUUCCGUUGAAAAAACUGCUAGUCUCCUAGUCACUGUGGCCAAUGGGGAUAAAACUGUAAGCUCUGGCAUUUGUUCUCAAUUGGAGUGGUCCAUGCAAGGACACAAGUUUUGUGGAGAUUUAAGACCUCCACCCUUAGGAGGCUGUGACAUUGUAUUGGGUGCUGAUUGGCUGAGGAAUUUGGGAGAUGUCUUAUUCAACCUUGCCAAGCUUUGCAUUACCUUCAAACAUAAGGGUAAGAAGAUCACAUUGCAGGGGACAACAACAAAACCAUCCUUACACAUGAUGAGUGGCUCUGCAAUUAAAAAGGAUUUGGACCAUAAAAUUCCUUUACAGCCCAAUUCAGUACCUGUCAACUUGAGACCCUAUAAAUGUCCAUACAUUCAAAAAUCUGUGGUGGAGCAACUGGUUCAAGACAUGCUACUUUCUGGAAUUAUUCAACCCAACAACAACCCAUUUGCCUCUCCAAUUCUACUUGUUAAGAAGAAAGACAACUCUUGGAGAUUUUGUGUAGAUUAUAGGAAGCUGAACAACAUUACUAUAAAAGACAAAUUUCCAAUUCCAGUGAUUGAUGAACUCUUGGAUGAAUUACAUGGCUCCAAAUUCUUCACCAAGAUUGAUCUGAAGUCUGGAUAUCACCAGAUAAGAGUAUACCCUUCUGACGUACACACAACUGCUUUCAGAACCCAUCAUGGUCACUUUGAGUUCAAGGUGAUGCCAUUUUGCCUUACAAAUGCUCCUGCCACAUUUCAAGCACUCAUGAAUAAGAUUUUUCAACCUCAUCUUAGAAAGUUUAUUCUAGUCUUCUUUGAUGACAUACUUAUCUACAGUCCUUCCUUGGAGGAUCAUGUUCUGCAUUUGCAAAUUACUUUACAAAUCCUCAGAGAGAAUCAGUUGUUUGCAAACUUCUCCAAGUGUUGUUUUGGGCAGUCUGAACUGGAGUAUUUGGGACACAUUGUCACUGCUAAUGGGGUUAAAGCUGAUCCUGCAAAAAUCUCAGCAAUGGUGGAUUGGCCUAUACCUACAACUAUUAAAGCUUUAAGAGGAUUUUUGGGUCUCACUGGUUAUUACAAGAAGUUUGUUAAGGAUUAUGGACUUCUUUGUAGACCAUUGACUGAUUUACUUAAAAGGAAUUCUUUUCAUUGGUCUCCUGCUGCCACUACUGCUUUUAUUCAGCUCAAGAGUGCCAUGUCAACUACACCUGUGCUUGCAUUGCCUGACUUUACAAAGCAAUUUAUGUUAGAAACAGAUGCUUGUGAUGUGGGAAUUAGUGAUGUCCUCGUGCAAGAAAACAGAGCAAUUGCUUUUUACAGCAAACCAUUGGGACCAAAAGUUGCUGCUAUGUUUACUUAUGAGAAGGAGUUGCUAGCCAUUUUUCAAGUUGUCACUAGAUGGAAGCAUUACUUACAAGCUUGGACUCAAGACAUUAUUGACAAUUAUGAUGAUGACUCCACAGUUCAGAAUUUAAUUGCUCAGCUUACUCUCACUCCCAGCUCUAAUCUUAAAUACACCUACUUAAAUGGCAUUUUAAGAUACAAGGAAAGACUAUACAUUGGCAGUUCUACCUCUACUAGAACAAAAAUUUUAGACUCCAUCCACUCUUCAGCAGUAGGGAGGCAUUCUGGUAUGCAGGCCACUUAUAUUAGAGCCAAAUCUUACUUCUACUGGCCUGCAAUGAAGAAGGAUAUUCUACUAUUUGUCUCAACUUGUGAUGUUUGCCAAAGACACAAAGGAGAGCAUACUUUUCCUGCUGGCUUACUUCAACCAUUACCCAUUCCAGACCAUGCAUGGCAACACAUCUCAAUGGAUUUUAUUGAAGGAUUGCCAAUGAGUGAAAGAAAGUCAAUCAUUUUGUUUGUGGUAGACAGACUUACUAAGUACAUCCACUUUAUUGGAUUGCACCAUCCUUACACAGCUGCCUCUGUUGCUAGGGAAUUUCUCUCUAAUGUGUUCAAGCUUCAUGGGCUACCUGCUUCCAUAGUUUAUGGAGAGACAAAAUCUUCACAAACUGAUGGCCAAACUGAAAGGGUGAAUUAUUGUCUUGAAAUCUACUUGAGAUGCAUGUGUAGUCAUCAACAAAAGAAAUGGCAUUUGUGGCUUCCCUUGGAUGAGUGGUGGUACAAUACCAACUACCACACUAGAUUGAAGAUGAGUCCCUUCCAGCCACUAUACGGAUAUCUUCCUCCACACUUAGCUUUUCCUUCUUCUGCCACCACUUCUGUUGCUGCUGUUGAUGAUUAUAUGAAACAGAGAGCUGUUGUAAUUGAUCUUUUGAAGGAAACCUUACAUAAGUCACAAGAGAGGAUGAAGUUCUUUGCUGACAAGACCAGAAUUGAUAGAGUUUUUGAAGUGGGUAACAAAGUAUAUCUCAAGCUGCAACCUUAUAGACAAGCCUCUGUGGAUUUGAGAAGAAAUCUGAAACUAGCAACCAAAUACUAUGGCCCUUUCUCCAUUAUCCAGAAGAUUGGUGCAGCUGCUUACAAACUUCAAUUACUAGCAUAG